AUGAGGCUCACUUCAGCGACUUACCUAGCGGUGCUCUCGGGCCUGGCGUCGUCGCCGCGUCUUGCGCGCGGAAGCCCUGUCGCGUCGCGCCAGGAGGCUUCCAGCUGCACCGAGCCUGCGUCCCGGCCCGAGUGGAGGACGCUGCCGGACGACACCAAGGCCGAGUACAUCAGCGCCGUCAAGUGUUUGACCACGAAACCGUCCCGGAUCGGGCUGGACACGACUCUAUACGAUGACUUUCCCUAUGUCCACGCCCAGUUGAACCUGGACAUCCAUUUCGUGGCCCAGUUCCUGCCGUGGCACCGGCUCUUCGUGCACCUGUACGAGACGGCCCUGCGCGACGACUGCACCUACACGGGCCCGAUGCCCUACUGGGACUGGAUGCAGGACUCGGGCACCUUCCCCUCCUCGCCUAUCUUCUCAAACUCCAGCACCAGCGGCUUCGGCGGCACAAGCGCAGGCGGCUGGGUAUCGCCGGCUCGCCCCAACCCGCUGACGUCCUGCGUCACAGACGGCGCCUUUGCCGACUUUAACGUGACCUACUAUACCCUCUCCAAGCAGAGCCACUGCCUCAAUCGAGCGUUCAACAACGGCACGGGCACCGAGGCUGAGGCGAACUGGGAGGCGGCCGACUACUCGACUGCCACGAUAGCCAACAUCACCGACAACUCGGCCGACUUCAAGACCUUCUGGCCCGCGCUGGAGAACACGCCCCAUGGUGCGAUCCACGCUGUCAUUGGUGGCGACAUGGUCCCGCAGACAUCGCCAAAUGAUCCUCUCUUCUUCCUCCACCAUGCCCAGGUCGACCGCCUGUGGUGGAUAUGGCAGCAGGUCGAUCCCGAGACGCGAAAUGCGGACUUUUCGGGAAACAAGAACCAGGCUCCUGACGAGACCCCCGCUGCUUUGACCGACGUCAUGCCCUACUUGGGACUGGGCCCGAACAUGACGGUCAGCACUGUGAUGACUAUUGAGAACGACGUUCUAUGUUACACAUACGUAUAG